AUGAACCAUUCGACUGGAGCCGAUAUGAACUCCGCUCAGCAAUUUGACCCGUCGGCGAUGGUUGGACUUGCCGAGGCUUCCCAAGGGGCCACGGGCGACAACCCCGAUAUCUUCGAGUGGCAUCCGCAUUACCAGAAUUGUCAACGGUAUUUCCUGGAUCAUGCGCAACACAGUGUUUCGGUUCAAGCGCUCUCUGCUUUCUUGAAUAUCCGGCUCCCGUUCCAGCGACUACCGCAUCCCGUCGUCAAUUCAUCUACCGACCCCUCCUCAGCCGCCGACGCCGGGCAGGCGCCGUCUACCUCGUCAUCCACCUCGAGUCUACCUCCGUCUGUGUCGUUGAUUCCGUACAUCCGCCGCCUUGUGGCUACGGGAAUGGAUUUCCCUGGCGUGCUCCAUGGGUUUUUCGGGGACGACUGGGGGGCUGGCAUUGGAUUCAUACACGAACAAGAGCGUCGCAAUUAUCUCUUCGCCGCCAAAAGUGGCGGCUGGGCUGCGGUGAAGAAGGACUACGACAUGCCGCCCCUUGAGACCAUUCCGUUCUUACGUCCGCUCCAGGGACCGCUGGAUUCGGAGAUCGAGGCCGCCGAGCGAAGUUGGAGUGACUGGCUCGCCAUGGAAGAUUGGAUGGUCGGGCCUCGGGCCCCUGACGUCCUUCGAGAUUCAUCUUCCCAAUUGUCCCGCCCUCGCAGCGCGCGAGGUUAA